AUGGUUCUCACCGCUUACGGCAAAACAUCAGGAUUCGUCUGCAGAAAUGAAGACAAAAAAGAAGGGAUGUGCAAGGAUUAUAGAGUUCGCUUCCCCCUCUGCUUACUCUUUUGCCAACUUUCAUUGUGCUGGACCGAGUGGUUCGAUAGAGACAAUCCCUCUGGAAGCGGAGACUGGGAGCUCUUGAGCGACCUCAGGAAGGAAAACCCAGGGAAGAUCUGUGAAACUCCUCAGUACUAUAACCCAACCCAGGGGUUUGUUUGCCGCAACGAAGACCAAACGUUCAAGAAGUGCUGGGACUACGAGGUCCGGUUUGGAUGCUGCUAGUGAGCCUUGACUCCAGGCUGAUGAGGAAAGCAUGAAGGAUCCUCUCUGUUCUCUCUGUCCAUCCUUGAAGCCGACAUCUCUUUUAGUGAUUUUUUUUCCAACUAUUGAUUGACUAUUAAAAAGGUUAAUUUCUUCUGUUUUCUUCCCUCUGUGUGCUAAAAAUCAGAAAAAUAAACGUGAUUGAAGAGCAUAAA